AUGUGGUGGGCAUUGUAUGUUGAGGAUGAGGGCAUUUACUGUCUUUUGUGUAGGAAACACCACAGUAAGGCAAACCAGAACAAAAGUGAGACAUUUUCUGCCAAGCCAUCUACUCGGUUCAAGCUCAGCACUUUGAAUGAUCAUGCUGCCUCAUCCAAGCACAAAGUUACUGUUAAGAAUGAAAUGCUAAACAGAGUAUCAAUUUUUCAACAACAAAUUGAUGAAAAAGAACUGGUUAAAAAUGAUGUCUUGGAAAAGGCGUUUUACUCAAUAUACUGGCUAGCGAAGGAGGCUAUAGCAAACAGAAAACUCCCCAGUCUUCUGUCACUGAUACAGUUGCUUGGUGUGACAGAAAUGAAGUACUUAACUUACCGCUCAGCAACUUCCAUAAGGGAGAUGUUUAAUACCCUUGGAAAUGGAAUCCGUGAUGAGAUCACCACACAAAUUACAAAUCAACCAUAUGGACUUCUGGUUGAUGAUGUUGCUGACAUCAGUAACGAGGAGCAAAUGGUUGGGUUCAUUCAGUACAUUGACAGAAACACUAACAAUGUGGAAUGCAAAUUUUUGUUUUCUUCCAAUGUCUUAGAAAAGGCCGAUUCCGCAAAUGCAGAAGCUAUGUAUGAUGUCAUUAAGGGAAACCUUCAGUCGGCAGGUAUACCACUGGAUAACAUGAGAGGUUUGGCCACUGACGGAGCCAGUGUAAUGACUGGGAAAAACAAUGGACUGGCGGCAAUUAUAAAGAAGGAUGUACCAAUGAUGAUAUCUGUCCACUGCAUCUGCCAUAAAUUGGCAUAG